UUGCUCAUCUCCAUCCUUGUCGAGCGGGAUCUCAGGUGGAAGAGGCAGCGAUUUGAAGAGCAGCCAGCAGCUUUUGGCAGAAGAAUUGCCCUCACUUGCAAAGGAAGUAACGCGUGUAGAAACUGUACGCGCUUAUGCAGGACUUGGUGACGGGGCAGAAGAUUGGGAUUGGUUCGGCUACUGAUGGACUCUACAGACUGCCUGUGCAGGUUGCGUCUGCGCUUAUUUCAGCCACUAGUGGACAGUUGUCAGGCGCGGAAGACAGAUCUACUAUUAUGCGAUGGCACGAGCGGCUUGGUCAUCUUCCCUUUCAGUUGAUUAAGAAGUUGUUUCCUAGUUUGUUUCAUUCUAUGUCCAUGGACUCAUUCACCUGUGAAGUGUGUCAGUUGGCUAAACAUGUUAGGGCCUCGUACCCUAUUUCAUUCAAUAAAACCACUCGUCCAUUUGCUUUGGUUCAUUAUGAUGUUUGGGGUCCUUCGGGAGUACCCACUUGUCGUGGUUUCCACUACUUUAUGACUCUUAUUGAUGAUUACUCCCGUUGUACGUUCGUGUACCUGUUGAAAGAACGUAGUGAAGUUCUCGUUAUUGUCAAAAACUUUGUGGCUUUUGUUGAGACUCAGUUUCAGACCUCUGUCCAAGCUUUUCGCACUGAUAAUGCUAGAGAGUAUGUCUCUCAAUCCCUAGAUGAUUUCUUGAAGAGCAAGGGUAUUGUUCAUGAAACGUCCUGCAGUUACACACCUCCCCAAAACGGCGUGGCUGAACGAAAGAAUCGCCAUUUACUAGAUGUUACCCGGGCUAUUAUGUUCCAUCGACGGGUUCCUAAGCGCUAUUGGGGUGAUGCACUUCUCACUAGUGCCCACCUUAUUAACCGUAUGCCUACCCGUGUGUUGCAGGGUCAUUCCCCGUAUUCCAUGCUUUGGCCGACUCAGAAUCCCUGGCCUCUUACUCCUCGGGUGUUCGGGUGUGUAUGUUUUGUUCAUGACCAUAGUCCCACUCUUAAGAAACUUGACCCUCGGUCUAUCAAGGCUGUCUUCCUGGGGUAUUCCUCCACUCAGAAGGGAUACAAAUGUGUUGAUCCUACCACUUCUGAAGUCUAUGUCUCCCGGGAUGUUACUUUUCAUGAACAUGAGGCAUACUUUCAUGGGAAUCCUCUUCAGGGGGAGUGUCUAGGGAACAGUAGUGAAGAGUAUUCCUCAAAUCAGUUGAUUCAGUUUAUGGAUUUCUUGGACUACAAGGCUAGUGACAGUGUGGCAGCCACAGUCAGAGAUGAUAAAGACAGUCACAUGGAUGGGGGCCGUGCUGAUAAUCAGCCUACAGCCCGUGAUCACUUGUUUGGCAAGGUGUACGAAAGGAAGAAGACUGAUGUGGUUGAAAAUGUUGGUGUAACCAAUUCCAAUCCUGCGAGUUCCCUGGAUGACCCAAGUCUGAUCAAUGAAGAGCUUCCUAUAGCCGUACGCAAGGGCACCAGGUCUUGUACCUCUCAUCCUAUUCAGAGAUUUGUCUCUUAUGCGAAACUAAGUAAGAAUUACAAAUGCUUUAUUACAUCAUUGUCUAAGUCUGUUAUCCCCAGGUGUGUGGAAGAUGCUAGAGAGGAUCCUAAAUGGCUACAGGCCAUGACAGAGGAGAUGGAUGCCUUGGCGAAGAAUGACACUUGGGAAGUUGUUGAUAUUCCCAAGGGGACUCAUUUAGUUGGUUCCAAGUGGGUGUUCAAUGUGAAGUACAAACCAGAUGGUACUGUGGAAAGGUAUAAAGCUCGCCUUGUUGCAAAGGGGUUUAGCCAGAAAUAUGGUAUUGAUUAUUUUGAAACUUUUGCUCCUGUUGCCAAACUAAAAAUUGUGAGGGUUAUCUUAGCUCGUGUCGUGCAAAAGAAGUGGAGUAUGGAUCAGCUUGAUGUCAAGAAUGCAUUCUUGAACGGCCAUCUAGAAGAAGAGGUAUACAUGAGCAUGCCUCCUGGAUAUGUUGAAAGCGGGAAAUGCUGUCAUCUCAAGAAAGCCUUGUAUGGAUUAAAGCAGUCCCCUAGAGCAUGGUUUGAAAGACUGAGGAUAGUGAUGAAGACUAAUGGAUACAAACAGGGGAAUGGUGAUCAUACCCUUUUCAUUAAGCAGAGAGAUGGCCUGGUGAGUCUCCUUCUUGUGUAUGUUGAUGGUAUGAUAGUCACAGGUGACGAUGAAGAAGAGAAAAAGAAGAUGAAGGAGAGGUUAGCUACCGAAUUUGAUCUUAAAGAUUUGGGUAAACUAAGGUACUUUCUGGGGAUAGAGAUUGCUCGGUCAGAGACGGGGCUGGUUAUGAGCCAAAGGAAAUACACUUUGGAUCUGUUAAAGGAGACAGGUAAACUUGGAUGUAGGCCCUUUCUAACUCCAAUGGAGUCUGGCACAAGGAUAAGCAUCAAAACUGGCACAAUCUUAGAUGAGGAAGGAAAAGGGAGGUAUCAGCGGCUAGUCGGUAAGCUUAUCUAUCUUACUCUUACUCGCCCUGAUAUUACAUAUGCUGUGAGUGUAUUAAGUCAAUUUAUGCAUGCUCCUACUGAUUGUCAUUGGAAGAGUGCAGAAAGAGUGUUGGGGUACCUAAAGAAUGACCCAGGGAAAGGAUUACUGUAUACUCAGCAAGAUCAACUCAACAUUGAAGGAUACUCUGAUGCAGACUGGGCAGGAUGCACAGAUACUAGAAGGUCUACCACAGGGUACUGCAUAUUUCUUGGGGGUAACCUGGUGGUAUGGAGGAGUAAAAGACAGGAAGUCUGUUCCAGGUCCAGUGCUGAGGCUGAAUACAGGGCUGUUGCUAUGGGGGUUACAGAUGGCUCAAAAUUCUUCUAGCAGAUAUUGGGGUUAAAAUGGAAGAGAAGAUGAGGAUGUAUUGUGACAACAAGUCUGCGAUUAACCUGGCAAAUAAUCCAGUCCUGCAUGACAGAACCAAACAUGUGGAGAUAGAUCGUCACUUCAUACGGGAACGCAUAGACGCAAAAGAGUUGAUCCUGCCUUAUAUGAAGUCUGAAGAUCAAGUUGCAGAUGUCUUAACUAAAUACUUAUGUACAUCUCAAUUUGAAAAGAAUGUUAGCAAGCUUGGCAUGUUCAACAUGUAUGCCAAGCUUGAGGGGGAGUGUUAGAAUCUAUUGUAAUAGGGAACCGGGUCCAUGUAUGGACCCGGUCCCAUGGGAGCGGGUACCGAGGCUGGCUCGGUACCCUAGGCGGGUCUUUCUAUCUCUCCCUCUUAUAUUCUCCACUUAAGUGUAAUUGUUGAUUAAGUUGGAAUAACAUUUUCUCUCUCCUAGGGUUGCGGUUGUGCCCCUAGGUUAGAGCUUUUCCGUGGUUUUUCACCUCUCUUUGAGGUUUUCCACGUAUAUCGUGUGCUUCUUCUCUUUUUCUCUUUCUUGUUACGUGUUUCUACACCCACCAUGAACUGUUGUUUUACUGAAGUGUGUGGGAGGAUGUAACAUACCUGUUUGACAUUGUGAAUGCUGCCAUGCUUGACCGUGAUUGUGAAAGAAAGGAAGAAAUUCUUUGAAGAAACACCCCUGCUCGGAAGAAUGAGCAUCGUUGUUGUGUUCCUAAUUGGUCCCCAUGCAUUAAAGGAAUAGCUUCCAUACUCACAAUAGCGAUGCCACGAAAGCUCAAAAUGAUGACUGAUGGCUUCAAGAAUUGGGGUGUUGAAACCGUGAGUUCCAUUUUUCUAAGGCAAAAGCUUCUCUGAUUUGGGGUCAUUUCCAUAGCCUUGAGUGGUGUAGGAGCUUCUAUCUUACGCCACGCUACCCAACCUCCUAUUUAAGGAACUGAGAUGCAACGCCAACAUAUUGAUUUGUGUCCUUAAAUGCAGGACUACUAGGGUUUCCACAAUUAAUGGCUGCAUCACUUGGCAAAUCUAAUGGUUUUGUGAUCCUACAGAGAUAUGGCAGACUCUUCUUGUGCGAGGCCAUACCUAUCACAGAAAUGGGGUUUUUCACAUUCGAGUCAUCCACAGUCAUCAACAUGAAUCUUUGAACCUUCUAUCAUAGGCUGUCAACAAUGGGUGCUGGUUUGGUGGUGGCGAACAGUACCGAUAAGUGUGAUUCACAAAUUCUUCCAUUGCUAACAACCGAUCCAGUUCUAAGGACUUCAGCAUAAAAUCCAGCUUUGUAAAGGUUGCCGUGGUUCGAUCCCAAGGGGGUUUUUUCUUCUGCCUCAAUGUUCUCUUGUCCCAAUCCAUAGGUCAUCUUCUUGACAUCUCUUUUUUCCCAAAAUAGAAGCCGUCUUUGGGUGUCCAAUGACAUGAACAACAGUAUGGAAGGCUUCAGUCCAUAAAUUUAUGGGCACAUCUGUAUUAUGCAUCAUACUUAAUGCACUUUCAACUAUGUGUCUAUGCUUUCUUGCAGCAAUACCAUUCUGUUGUGGUGUGUGAGGGCAAGAAAUCUGUCUAGUGAUCUCAUGAUUUAGUAAAUACUUAGUAAAUUCAUCGGAAAUGAACUUGCCCCCACCAUCACAUUGGAAAUGCACAAUAUUACAAGAGUAUUUGUUUUGGACCAAGGCAUGAAAUUGGGUGAACAAGCGGAAAACCUCUGUUUUGCUUUUCGUAAAGUGGAUCAUGUGUAAUGUGAAUAAGAAUCAAUAAAAACAAUAUAAUAUUUGUUCCCGAAAGAAGAAGAAAUGGGAGCAGGCCCCCAGUCACGUGAGCUACGGCACCAUAAUCUACAAUUCUACAUACCAUAAUCCUUCCUCAUUUUUCUUAAGAUCGACUUUGGACAAAGUUGUCAUUAAGAUCUGCUGCACAUCAGGAGGAACGUUUUGUGCUGCCAUUGUGUUCGACAUAGGUCGCCCUGCUGCCUUAUUUUCAUGCCUAACCUGUUUUCCUUAUUUUGAGGGUUAUGCCAACAUUCUGACUUUACAUGACCUCUCUUAUUGCAAUAAAAACAAGUAGGUAUUCUUCGUGGUACAUUCGCCUGUGCAUUUGUGUUUGGUGUAGGAAGAAUUCCUCUCCUCGUCCUUGCCUAUGAGUUCCAAACUCUAGGACGACUCCCUCGCAAAGCGUGUGGGUGCUAGUGACCAAUACAUUGUGACUGCCAGAAGGAGACAAGUCUUGUCGCUGUAUACGAUUUGCUUCAUGUUGAAUCAAUUUUGCUUCCAAGUCUUCAAAAGAAGGAUGAACACGUAACACCUCUAAAGCAGUGCAGAAAACAUCAAAAUCUGACCCCAAUCCACUCAGAGCCUACUGUACCUUGUCCUUGUCAGUGAUUGGAUGUCCUAUAAUGACAAGUUGAUCGUUGAUAUUCAUGUAUGUACUCCAAAACUGACCGUGUUCGUCGCUUGAUAUCUUAGAACUACCUCUUGAGUUGCAGGAAUCUCGCUUCUAAUACUUGAAAAUAUGUAGUAGCAAGUAUAUCCCAUAACUCAAGUAUUGAAAGGUCGUCAUCAACGCCUGCCAGAACUUCCUUUGAUAGUGUGGCGGUAAUGUAUGCAACAAGAGACUGAUCAUGAGCCAUCCAUGUCUCAUAUUCAGGAUUGGUUUCUACGAUGGUUUCUUGAACUUGCCCUGCAACAUUCUUCACUUCCCACAUGAUCCAUUCUGGUGGCAUAGGUGUGGUGCCAUUAAGAUGUCCAUAGAGGCGAUGGCUCUUGAUAAAGGGAACUAUUUGACGUUUUCAUGUCAGUGGUAUGGUUCAGUUUUUGUGAGAUGAGUUGAGAGAGAAGGCUAGACGACAAGAUGGUGGAGUUGAGGUUUUGAUCCAUAUUUGGAUUUUGAGGCUAUACAUAUAAGGAUAGGAAUUUAGGGCAGACGACUUUGGAAAUUAAGGCACGAUAGGUCUAGGAAUUAGGCAGACGGAUUGGGAACUUGGGGCUGAAAUCUUAUGAACUAGGAUAGACUGCCUUGGAAGUUAGGGCAGACGGCUUGGGAAAUUAGGGCUGAAGUUUUAGGAACUAGGAUAGAUUGCCUUGGAAAUUAGGGGAAAAAGACAAUAGUUUUGGGAUUAGGGCAGAAAUCAGAGAUAUUAGGGCAGAAACAACAGUUUUUGAGAUUAGGGUAGAGAUAAGAGAUUAGGGCAGAAAAACAGCAGUUUUGGGAUUAGGGCAGAGAUAAAAAAGAUUAGGGCAGAAAUCGAAAACUCUUACCGGACAUUCUCAAUGGAAAAACCUGCUUUGAUAUCAUGUAAGAUUUUGGUAUAUUACCACCAGAUGGAGUCUCAAGAAGAUACGAGAGGAAGAGAGGAGAAUGAGGAGAGAAGAAAAAUUAUGGCCUUAGGGUGAGCACCCACCCCUUUUCAUUACUUAAACUAAUUGUACUUAAUUGUUACAAAUAAAAUACACAAAAGAACAAUAUUACAAGUUUGCCACCACCCAUUAUGUGCUGCGUGUGGUGUAAAUGGGUCGGGUCGGACUUGACCUGAACCAUAUCUUAACGACAACAACUAUAUAUGGAUACUAUCAUUAUAACAUAUUUACACUUCCAAAUGUAAUUACCCCAGUGAGAGUACAAAUUUACAAUUAUAGACAUAUAUUAUAUAUAUAAGAAAUUAAGAGUAUACUUUAUUGGAAAAAAUUAAGAGUAUACACUAUACAGUUACGCCAUACAGUAAAUAAUGUAUACAUGACUGAUGAGUGAGGAGUCAUACAAAUUUGAAAUUUAGAAGAGUUUAUAUGUGUAAGUUAUAUGCAUAUAUUAUAUAUUACAUACGUAUAACUAGAAGUUAUAAUGUAUUAUGCAUAUGAAUAUAACAUGCUUACAAAGAACAAACAUUAGCAUAUCUGCAAUUCUACAUAUGAUAUCAGAAUUCAGCCGUUCGGUGCUAAGUUGCUAACUGCUAGGAGUUAACCUUUAGGAAAUGAAAUAUAAGUUAAUAACAGGAAUCUAAAAAAUAACAUGCUAAACGAGUAAGAAAAAAAAAGAUGCUAAACUUUCAGUCUUUCACAAGUCAAAUUAAUAAGAAACAGCAAAAAUACGACAGAACAUAGAAAUGAGAAAAAAAAACAUGCUAAACAAGUAAGCAACUCUGUAACAGUCGCUGCAGCAAAACAAACAAUUGAAAAAGUGGAAAACAUUGACAGUCAAAUAUUAACAUUUACUGAUUUAACAUUUAAGUAUAAAACAAAAAAAUAGAAGCAGCCAUAGUUGUGAGUUCACUCGUGACACUGCAAAAUGAAAAUAAAAGCUCAAGAGUGCAAAAUCUGCAGAUGGCAGAAAUCAAACUAGAGAGAGCAACCACCCAACUGUGGAGAAAUCUGCUGGUUGCUAGAGAAAAUUAAAGGGGGUUGAGAACAGUGAUAUGUCGAGUGCCACUAGAGGAAACAAUGGCUACCGGUUGUCGGAGACCCGUCGAGCAUUGCUGCCAGCUGUUGUUCGACCCACAUGCCGAUUUCAGUUGUCAGAAAAUUUCUUCCACCGUAUGCUUGAAAGCAAGCAGUAGCACACACAAAGGAGGAGAAGGGCAUCAAUGGUAAACGAUCAUGCCCUAAACCUCUGCUUUUAACUUAAAAAAUGAUCUAAGAAUAAAAAAUAUGAAAAAGGACAAUAAUAGCAAUGAUGCAGUAUGCGAGUCGGGUGCGCGUCCAAUAUGGACAAAAAAGGUCGGGUGCGGUCAGCCGCAUCCAACACUUGUUGACUUUUUGUGGGUGUGAUGAGGGCCACAAUCACGUUUGCACUCGGCACUCAGCUUGCAGCUUUCGUGUCACUUUUCUCCUCGCCCCUAUUGUGUCAUGAUGCCCCUUCCAGGUUACAACUUUCAUCACCGCCUUUGCGCAGCCAUUGUGGCUACACGAUAGAGAGUUAAUGAGGAUUUUAAUUAUUUUCUUAUAUAAACCUUGAUUCUUAUAUGAUACAUUCUGUUUGGACAUAUAUCUCAUACUCAUUCAACAACUUCGAAUCUUAAUCUUUUUCUCUUGAUAGUCAUUUCUAGCUUGAUGUAAUGUGUUAAGACACAUGUAGUACAAGAGAUGAUCUUUCUUGUUCGAGCAACAAUAAAUUUCUAGCUUGAUGUAAUGUUUUAGACACAUGUAGUACAAGGGAUGAUCUUUCUUGUUUGAGCAACAAUCAACACUUCCAGUAGAAGAGUAAACAUAAUUCAUACUUUACUCACAUUUCAGAUUCAGCUAUCUUUGUACCAUUGUUAUAAAAGACUUUCUCGAGUUUUAAAUGGCGAGGUUUUUCUUGGAUGUAAUACGGUGAGCUUGAAAAAAAGGAAAAACAUGGUGACUAUUAAGUAACUAAAUUUCAUCUUUCAAUCAAAACGAACUCUAAUCAAGGCCCAAGAGUGGACCACAUGUAGGUUCAGCCCCAUUGAAAGAAUGAGAAUUUAAUUUUCUAAAAAAAUUACUUUCCUGUGUUGGAUCUAUUCAACUCCUCCCAUCAAAACAGUCUUUAUUUGAAUUUAAGAAAAAACCCCCAAACAUAUGUGUCUUCUAGUCCCCUUCAUUCUAAACAAAGGAAUGCCACUACCUUAAAAAUCUCAUGCAAAAUCAGCUACAAUUGAGUUCCCUUCCACGAAUUAACAAAAUUGCCAUGUAAGUUACUAAUCCAAGAAAAAAAACUAAUACUUGAAUGUGAAAAUCAAAAACCUCACUGUACUUUACCUCACUGCUGCCUGUUUCUCCCUUCUUAACCUCUCCUGUCAACUCACCUCUUCCCUCUCCUUCUUCUUGCCCCCCUUGUUCUCUCUAGGUCUCCCCCCUGUCUCUUGCAAACAGAGAAGAGAGAAAGGGGCAGUAGGGCUCGAUAAGCCCUCCCCUCUUGCAAAUUUACCAAAUCGACCCUUGAAAAAUGCAAAAUUUUCAAUAACACUCCCUUGACUUUCAAAUUUUCCCAAAGCAGCCCUUUUUAAGAAAACGGGCAUACCAUAAUUCUCAGGUUUAACAAAAACUGUACAAAGAUAACUCCGCCUGAUUUAUUUUUUGCACUUGCUUCCAUUAACAUGAAUUUUGGUUGUCCCAUUUCUUCUUGAUUUCAUGUGAACCUUGGCAGAAAAGUAAAAUGCUUUCUAUUGUUAGGAAAAUCUUGAAAAUGUGACUUUUGUAUUUCAGAUUUGCAAGGAAAGGUGAAAAGUAAAAAUCUGGCCAUUUCCUAUAUCUAUUAGUUGUGAAGUGCACUGCCUGGGGUACCAUGUUGGGCAAUGGCACCUGGUGCAUUGUGUGCCCACUGAAAAAUGGCUAAUUACAACAAUAUUCAGGAAAUGAAAAGAAAACUCUGGCUUUUUUUCUGGAAGGAUGGGUUACUGAUUUAAGAAAAAAUGAAAAUAAAAACUUAAAAAGCUGGUGAUUCUCAUUGUGUUGCACAUUGAGGGUGUCAUAUGUGUGGAGAAAUGGUUGUCUUGACCAAUUGUUAUAUUUGCGAAUGCUCAGAUUGCUCUGAUCAUUCUGGAAAUGCAUACACAUGCACAUACAUUUCUUCUAAUAUUUAUGGGUGAAUCAACAAGGUAUUUGUUCAUGUUCCUACUGCAAAUGACCUGCUUAAUGUUAAGCAGGAAAUUCUUUUGUCAAUCUUUUAUGGGUUGGACCAUUGGACCAAUUUUUCUGACGUUUCUU